CACUGCGAUAGUGAGGAAAUAAAUAUAUAAUCACGGAAGUGCACAUGACGCGACAUACAUCGACUGGAGCGUUACCUGUGUCUAUACCAUCCCCGGCAAUUCUUAGCUUGACGAUACCAAGCGGAGCAUCCGACGUCUCCGCGCAGAUAGCAUACGGAGCUACCCCUCCUUCGAAUCACAACCCCGCCAUCGAGGAUUCAACCACAACCACAAUACAAUCCAUACAAUCUCACCUCCCAACCUGCAAACUGCCUACCUACCAACCUCACCUCACCUCUCCAACCCCCCAAACACCUACAACCUCCACCCACCCCCCACCACCACAACAAUGCAACUAACCCCUCUCCCCCCCCUCCACCCCCCCUCCCCCCACCGCGCCUGGCACUCAACCCCCCACCCCACGCUCCCCCUCCUCUCGACCUCCCUCGGCAAAUCCGCCCAAAUAACCUCUCUCCGCACCUCAACCCCUCACUCCAUCCUCGAAGGCGGCCACACCCGCUCUAUCCGUUCUACGGCUUGGAAACCGCAUCUCCGCCCCGGCGAACUCGGCUUGGUGACCGGAUCCUUCGACGGUACCGCCGGAGUAUGGCGGCGCGAUGAGAGCACCGGGGAUGACGGCGAAGUGGAGGACAGGGAAGAGGGGGAGGAUUGGGAAUUCAGCGUCGUCCUCGAAGGCCACGAUGCCGAAGUCAAAUCCCUAGCCUUCAGUCCCUCAGGCCAAUACCUCGCCACCUGCUCCCGCGACAAGAGUAUCUGGAUCUGGGAAGAAGUCGACGGUGCCGAUGAAUGGGAGACCGUCGCCGUCCUAACCGAGCACGAAGGGGAUGUGAAGUGCGUUGCCUGGGCCCCGAGCGAGGGCGAUGAAGGGGAGUGUCUAGCCAGCUCCAGUUACGAUGGCACGGUGCGCGUGUGGAGGGAGGAUGCGGAGGGGGAAUGGGGGUGUGUUGGUGUGCUUGAGGGGGGGGAGGAGACGGUUUGGGGUGUUGCUUGGGAAGGUGGUGCGGAGUCGAAGUCUAUUUCCCAGUCCCAGGCAGAGGCUGAUUCCAAGCCCGAGGAGGAGGACGCACAGAAGCAUAAACACCGCCGCCUAAUAACCUGCUCAGCCGACACGACUCUCCGCGUCUGGCGCCGCGUCGAAGCUGCGGAGGCGGAGAGUGGCGGGAUCCCAUCGACGAUGCGGGCGGCAGCGCAGGGGGAGAAAUGGGUGCUUGAGGCGGUGUUGCCGAAGGCGCAUACGAGGGCUGUGUAUGCGGUGGCGUGGAGUGAGAGGACAGGGAGGGUGGUGAGUUGUGGGGGGGAUUCGAGGAUUGUGGUGUAUGGGGAGGUGAAGGCUGAGGAUGCGGGGAAGGGGGAGGAGGAGGGGAAGGAGGGGGAAAAGGAGGGGGAGAAGGGGGAGGGGAAUGGGGAGGAGGGAGAGAAGGUUGGCCCAGGAAACUGGAAGAUCCUCGCCACAGCGGAAAUGGGACAUGGACCGUAUGAGAUUAAUCAUGUUACGUGGUGUCAGCGGUUUGAUGGGAAGGAGGGGGAGAUGGUAGUUUCGAGUGGGGAUGAUGGAGCGGUUAGGGCGUGGGAGGUUACUGAGUAAAAGGUGAAGGAGGCGGGGGGGUUGUGAGAGUUGAUGUGUUGAUGUGUGGA